UUCCGUGCCCGGGAUCCUCCCCUUGGCUCCUCCUCUGCCAAAGCCCUCCCCUUUCCCCCUGGGUUUCCGACCCUUUCCCGGCUGUUUCUCCGUAAAAAUCCAACGCAACUCUUGGAAUUCCCGUUCCCAGCCCGGUCCGGGAUGGCAGGAACAUGCGGAGCGUGCGGGCCAGGCUAUCCCAGCCCUCUGGAGGCCAUGAAAGGGCCCCGGGAGCAGCUGCUCUACCUGCCCUGCAUCUACCGCAACACCGGCGCCGGCCUGCCCGACUUCCUGGCCACCGUGGACGUGGAUCCCGAAUCCCCCCGGUACUGCCAGGUGAUCCAUCGCCUGCCCAUGCCCUACGUGGGGGACGAGCUGCACCACUCGGGCUGGAACGCCUGCAGCAGCUGCCACGGCGACCCCACCAAAUCCAGGGAUUUCCUGAUCCUGCCCAGCCUCAUCUCCUCCCGCGUCUACGUCGUGGACGUGGGAACUGAUCCCAGGGCUCCCAAACUCCACAAGGUGGUGGAAGCCAAGGAGCUGGCCCAGAAGGCGAACGCUGCGUUCCCACACACUUCCCACUGCCUGGGCUCUGGGGAGAUCCUCAUCAGCUGCCUGGGGGAUCCUGAUGGCAACGGAAAAGGCACUUUCGUCCUUCUGGAUGGAGAAACAUUUGAAGUGAAAGGAAAUUGGGAGAAAGGAGGAAAAAUCCCAAAUCUGGGCUACGACUUCUGGUACCAGCCCCGGCACAACGUCCUGCUCAGCACCGAGUGGGGCGUCCCCAAAGUCCUGGCCCAGGGAUUCGAUCCCAAGGAUGUGGAGAAAGGGCUCUACGGGCGCCACAUCAACGUGUGGGACUGGCGCGAGCGGCGCCUGCUGCAGGAGCUGGACCUGGGCGCGGGCUCCAUCCCGCUGGAGAUCCGCUUCCUGCACGAGCCCGGCGCCGCCCAGGGCUUCGUGGGCUGCGCGCUCAGCGGGGACGUCCGCAGGUUCCACAGGAGCCCGGAAGGAAAAUGGGAAGCAGAGAAGGUGAUUGAGGUGCCCAGCAAGAAAGUACAAGGAUGGCUCCUCCCCGAAAUGCCAGGGCUGAUAACGGAUAUCCUGAUUUCCCUGGACGACAGAUUCCUGUACUUCAGCAACUGGCUCCACGGGGACGUGCGGCAGUACGACAUCUCUGACCCCAAAAAUCCCAAACUGGUGGGGCAGGUUUUUCUGGGAGGCAGCAUCUCCAAAGGGGGAGCUGUGACCGUGGUGGAGGAUCGGGAAUUGCGGGAUCAGCCGGAGCCGUGCGUGAUCCAGGGGAAGAGGAUCCCGGGGGGGCCGCAGAUGCUGCAGCUGAGCCUGGACGGGCGCCGGCUCUACGUGACCACGUCGCUGUUCAGCGCCUGGGACCGGCAGUUCUACCCCAGCCUGCUCACGGAGGGCUCGGUGCUGCUGCAGCUGGACGUGGACACGGAGCGGGGGGGCUUGGCCGUCAAUCCCGAAUUCCUGCUGGAUUUCGGGAAGGAGCCGGGCGGGCCCUGCCUGGCGCACGAGAUGCGCUACCCGGGGGGGGACUGCACCUCCGACAUCUGGCUGUGAUCCCGCUGCAAUUCCAGGGAAAUCCGGGAAUGUUUGGGAACCUGGGAAUGUGGGGAAUGCACCUCCGACAUCUGGCUGUGAUCCCGUCGCAGUUCCAGGGAAAUCCGGGAAUGUUUGGGAAUCUGGGAAUGUGGGGAAUGCACCUCCAACAUCUGGCUGUGAUCCCACCGCAGUUCCAGGGAAAUCCGGGAAUGUUUGGGAAUCUGGGAAUGUGGGGAAUGCACCUCCAACAUCUGGCUGUGAUCCCACCGCAGUUCCAGGGAAAUCCGGGAAUGUUUGGGAAUCUGGGAAUGUGGGGAAUGCACCUCCGACAUCUGGCUGUGAUCCCGCCACAAUUCCGGGAAUAUUAGGAAUAUUCGGGAAUAUUUGGGAAUAUUUGGGGAUGUGGGGACUGCGGCUCUGACACCUGGAUGUGAUCCCGCCGGAAUUCUGGGAAUAUUAGGGAAUAUUUGGGAAUGUGGGCUGCACCUCCGACAUCUGGCUGUGAUCCUAGAAUUCUCUGCUCCCAUUCCCUGAUUUUCCUCUGGAAUUCCCUCAAGUAGGGCUGAUCAUGAAUGUCCUGAUUUCCCUGGAUGACUAAAUAUUUGGGAAUAUUUGAGAAUGUGGAUACUGCACCUCCACCACCUGACUGUGAUCCCAGGAAAUUCAGGAUUUAUCCCAUUUUUUCACGAUCCUUUCCUCCCUCCAUCCCUUUUCCCGGAGAAUUUGGGGUGCCUGGGGCUUCUUCUGCUCCCAGAGCAGCCUCUCCUAAAAAUCAGCUCUGACAUUUAUGAUCAAAAAUCAAAACUCCCAAUAAAAUUCUCCUUCCAGCAGCAGAAA